UAGAGUAGACAGAUUUUGGGCCCAGCUAUCCCUCUCGCUUUAUCUCUUCCUCUCUGAUUUGACUGAUCUGCAUUUGACUCUCUCGGCAACCGUAAAACGCUUUUUUCAUUUGAUAAACAUGACAUUUUAUUCAAAACAUUAGGCAAGCAUGCUCGCUUGCUAAACGCUGUAUAUUAUAGAUGAUACAGAGUAAUAUACUCUCAAAAUCUGUCUGUUAGCUAAAAUGAAAAAUGCAUUUAUCCAAUGGAAGAAACCAUGUCUAAACAACAUAACUUAGAUGUCAGCAAGAAGGGAGGACAUCUCACAUGUUGUUUCUGCCAUAAACAACUCAGCCUAUUAUUUCACCACCAGCUCCUGUUCUGGAAGGAAUCUUGUCAUAGAUGGGGUGUCAGACACUCCAGAUGUGCAGAAACUGUCCCUGGCUUUUCAUCACACCAAGAAAUGUCAUAUGGGCGAUUUGAUGUCUGAUUUGGAGAUGUCAUGUGAAGAUACUGUGUUGAAGUUAAGUUUUGUGCUUCAUGUCCAAUGCAGACAGCUUGAAGAUGCACAGCUUCUGCACUCUUUGGCAAUAAACUCUGGCUUUAGAAACUCUGGAUUGACUGUAGACAAGAAGGGCAAAAUCAUAACGGCAGUCCGAAGUACCCAUGGUCUGGAGGUUCCACUGAGCCACAAAGGACAGGUCCUGGUGAAGGAGGACUACAUCUACUUCCUGGUGGAAGUAGCCAAUCAGAAAAUGGAGGAAAAUGUCAAACAAAUUCAGAGGUUCUACGAGUGGCUACAGUCUGCUUUCCAACCAGCUGAACUUCAAAGCCCAAGUAGACAGGAGACGGAGGAGAAAUCUGUUUACAAGGAACGGAGGAAAAGAGGACAGACAGACGUUUAAACAGACACUCAGACAGACGCUUGCCAAGACAACAGAGACAUUAAUCCAGUUGAGCUUGAGGACUGCUUGGGCAGUGGGCUGGAUCUGUUCACAUAGACAAAUCAAAUCAAAUACAUUUGUAUUUGUCACGUGCUUCGUCAACAACGGGUGUAGACUCAACAGUGAAAUGCUUACUUACGGGCCCUUCCCAACAAUGCAGAGAGGGAGAGAAAUAAUAGAAAAGUAAUAAUUCAAGUAAUAAUAAAUACACAAUGAGUAAUGAUAUCUUGGCUAUAUACACUGGAUACCAGUCCCAAGUCGAUGUGCAGGGGUACGAGGUAAUUGAGGUAGAUAAGUACAUAUUCGGAAAGUAUUCAGACCCCUUGACUUUUUCCACAUUUUGUUACAUUACAGCCUUAUUCUAAAAUUGAUUAAAUUGUUUCCCCCCCCUCAUCAAUCUACACACAAUACCCAAUACUGACAAAGCAAAAACAUUUUUUAGAAAUGUUUGCAAAUGUAUUAAAAAUAAAAAACUGAAAUAUAACAUUUACAUACAGUACCAGUAAAAAGUUUGGAAACACCUACUCUUUCCAGAGUUUUCUUAUAUUUGUACUAUUUUCUACAUUGUAGAAUAGUAGUGAAGACAUCAAAAUGAUGAAAUAACACAUAUAGAAUCAUGUAGUAACCAACACCAUAGACAGAUGUGUGCCUUUUCAAAUCAUGUCCAAUCAAUUGAAUUUACCACAGGUGGACUCCAAUCACAUUGUAGAAACAUCUCAAGAAUGAUCAAUGGAAACAGGAUGCACCUGAGCUCAAUUUCGAGUCGCAUAGCAAAGGGCCAGAAUACUUAUGUAAAUAAGGUUUUUCUGUUUUUUAUUUUUUCUACAUUUGUAAAGUUUCAAAAAACUUGUUUUCUCUUAGUCAUUAUGGGGUAUUGUGUGUAGAUAGAUAAAGAAAAAUGUUUAAUUUAAUCUAUUUUAGAAUAAGGCUGUAACUAACGAAAUGCACUCAAUAUCUGCCAUUUCCAUUACAUACUGUAUGUCUCAGGGAUUAUUUUGCGACAUUGCUUUUGUUUAGUAAACCUACAGUACCAGUCAAAAGUGGAAUCAUGUAGUAACCAAAAAAGUGAUAAACGAAUCAAAAUAUAUUCUAAAUAUAAUAUAUACCCUUUGCAUUGAUGACAACUUUGUCAUCAGUUAGUCAAUUUCAAGAUCUGUCUUCAAGUGCAGUCGCAAAAAAAAGUGCUAUGAUGAAACUGGCUCUCAUGAGGACCGCAUCAGGAAAGGAAGACCUAGAGUUACCUCUGCUGCAGAGGAUACAUUCGUUAAGAGUUACCAGCCUCAGAUUGCAGCCCAAAUAAAUGCUUCACAGAGUUAAAGUAACAGACACAUUUCAACAUCAACUGUUCAGAGCAUACUGUGUGAAUCAGGCCUUCAUGGUUGAAUUGCUGCAAAGAAACCACUACUAAAGGACACCAAUAAUAAGAAGAGACUUGAAGGCCUGAAAUACGAGCAAUGGACAUUAAACCGGUGGAAAUCUGUCCAUUUGUCUGACGAGUCCAAAUGUUAGAUUUUUGGUUCCAACCACCGUGUCUUUGUGAGACGCAGAGUAGGUGAACGGAUGAUCUCUGCAUGUGUGGUUCCCACCGUGAAGCAUGGAGGAGGGGGUGUGAUUGUGUGGGGGUGCUUUACUGGUGACACUGUGAUUUAUUUAGAAUUCAAGGCACACUUAACCAGCAUGGCUACCACAGCAUUCUGCAGCGAUACACCAUCCCAUCUGGUUUGCGACUAUAAUUAGUUUUUCAACCAGACAAUGACCCAACACACCUCCAGGCUGUGUAAGGGUUAUUUGACCAAGAAGGAGAGUGAUGGAGUGCUGAAUUAGAUCACCUGGCCUCCACAAUCACCCAACCUCAACCCAAUUGAGAUGGUUUGGGAUGAGUUGGACUGCAGACUGAAGGAAAAGCAGCCAACAAGUUCUCAGCAUAUGUGGGAACUCUUUCAAGACUGUUGGGAAGGAAUUCCAGGUGAAGCUAGUUGAGAGAAUGCCAAGAGUGUGCAAAGCUGUCAUCAAGGCAAAGGGUGGCUACUUUGAAGAAUCUCAAAUAUAAAAUAUAUUUUGAUUUGUUUUACACUUUUUUGGUUACUACAUGAUUCUAUAUGUGUUAUUUUAUAUAUCUGAUGUCUUCACUAUUAUUCUACAAUGUAGAAAAUAGUAAAAAUAAAGAAAAGCCCUUGAAUGGGUAGGUGUGUCCAAACGUUUGACUGGUAUUGUAAGUAUUCAGACCCUUUACUCAGUACUUUGUUGAAUCACCUUUGGCUUCUCUGCAGAUCCUCCCAAGCUCUGUCAGGUUGGAUGGGGAGUGUCGCUGUACAGCUAUUUUCAGGUCUCUCCAGAGAUGUUUGAUCGGGUUCAAGUCUGGGCUCUGGCUGGGCCACUCAAUGACAUUCAGAGACUUGUCCCAAAGCCACUCCUGCGUUGUCUUGGCUGUGUGCUUAGGGUCGUUGUCCUGUUGGAAGUUGAGCCUUUGUCUCAGUCUGAGGUCCCGAGCGCUCUGGAGCAGGUUUUCAUCAAGGAUCUCUUGGUACUUUGCUCCGUUCACCUUUCCCUCGAUCCUGACUAGUCUCUCAGUCUCUGCCGCUGAAAGACAUAAAGUCAAAUACUUUCAGAAGGCACUAUACCUAGUAAUAAAGUGACAAGGCAACAGGAUAGAUAAUAAAUAGUAGCAGCAGUGUAUGUGAAGAGUCAAAAAAGUGUCUAUGCAGAUAGUCCGGGUAGCUAUUUAGCUAGCUUUUUAGCAGUCUUAUGGCUUGGUGAGUAGAAUCUGUUUAGUGUCCUGUUGGUUCCAGACUUGGUGCAUCAGUACUUUAGAACUUUUUGAGGGUCUGAGGGCCAAUGCCAAAUCUUUUCAGCCUCCAUACAGGGUUGUUCAGAGAUAAUCGUCGGUCCCCAUAAUCAUUAGGAAAACACUGGUCUUCUGGAAGACACCCUGUAAAGCUAGUCUAGACAGAGUAAAGAGUGGAGUGUAUUCAACUGUGGUGUUAUUAAUGGACUAAAGCAGAAGGAGGUUUAAAGAUCCAUCAACCACACAUUAUUGUAAAUAUAUUACAAGGUCAAUCAAACAUAGCCUUAAGACAAAGCAUGGCGUGCAUCCAUAUUUGUCCUUUAUGUAAAUAUACCGUAAAUCUAAUCUCACUAAAGACUCUACCUCCCUUUGUUUUUGAUGACUGGCGCCCGUGUAACAAUAAAACAAAGUGCACAUU